AUCGCUCGAUGCCGCAUGAACUUAAUCUCAAUGUUUGCCGUGAACAUAUGAAAAAAUAUCUCUGAUUUGCGCAACACUCGAAACCAUGUAUGCGAUCUAUCGAGACUCGACAUUUCUUUGUGCAGAAUUCUGUUGUUAAUAAGCAUGUCAUUGACUGCGUCUUCCCCCGGUUAGUCAGUAAUGAGAGAACAGCUACAUGAUCCGGGGCCUUUCAGGACAUUCCGUUUUUGAUUUCUAAAUCAUUGUGAAACUACAUGAUUGUUGUUCUUUAUUAACAUGUCUCGUUCGGAUUUGAAGAACUGGCCGAUUUUUAGCUUGCUGACUCCAAAAUUCAUCGGUGAUAUACGCUUGGCCGUGGUUUUUGGAAAUCUUGGAAAUGAAGCAUUAAUGGUAACAAAGGAUGGGACGGUAUAUGCCCUGGGUAGCAACACAUCAGGAUGUUUAGGAACAGGUGACGCUCAUAGUACGCUGUUUCCAAAAAAAGUGGAGGCACUUUGCGACAAAGAUGUGAAAACAUUUGCGUAUGGAAGCGGACCCCAUGUUCUUGCCUUGACAAAUAAAGGAGAUAUUUACUCGUGGGGUCAUAAUGGCUACUGCGAACUAGGAAACGGAUCAUCAAAUCAAGGAUUAGUACCUACUUUAAUUGGGCAAAACUUAGCAGAAAAGGUGGUAAUAGAUAUUGCCUGUGGAAGCCACCAUUCUUUGGCGCUGACUAAUGAGGGAGAGGUCUAUGCCUGGGGACAGAAUAAUUGUGGACAAGUCGGAAAUGGAAUCGGUGCUAAUCAUGGUACACCUCGGAAGGUUAAUUCUGGUCUAGCUGGCAAAAAAGUCGUGACUGUCACUUGUGGACAAACUUCCAGUAUGGCAGUUACCGAUAACGGAGAAGUAUAUGGUUGGGGUUAUAAUGGCGUUGGUCAGUUAGGAAUUGGAAAUUAUGUAAACCAGUUGAAUCCAUUCAAAGUUUCCGCACUUGUAGGAGUUGUUAUAGAUAAGGUAGUCUGUGGUUACGCACACACACUGGCUCUUAGUGACGAAGGUGUGCUAUACACAUGGGGAGGAAAUAGUUUCGGGCAACUUGGCAUUGGGAAUAAAGCAAAUGCUUGUUCUCCAAUAAAGGUUGAUACGUUGGGGUCAGGAAUGGGUAGGAUUUCGGAUAUUGCAGCUUUGCACUACAAUCACAUAAGCGUAGCGGUAGGUCAAGGUGGACGAGUCUUUAUGUGGGGCCAGUGUCGCGGACAAAGUGUAACUUUACCUACACCGACACUUUUGCUAACUUUGCAUGAUGUUCUUGCUUGUUACGCAUCACCAAGUGUCAUGCACAGACCCCUAUUGUAUGCGGAACAGGAAAUGAGUGUUUUAGAUUCCUUGAGAGAAGCUUUCAAUGAUUCGACUACCAGUGACCUGAAAAUUCAAGUGCAGGGCAAAUCAAUAUAUGUGCAUAAAGCCGUACUGAAAAUUCGUUGUCAGUACUUCAGGUCAAUGUUUCAAGAGCAUUGGUCGGAAGACAACCAGAGUGUCUUGGAACACGAUCAGUUCUCGUAUGAAGUUUACAGGUGCUUUUUGAAGUACUUAUAUACCGAUGAGGUCGAUUUGUCCACGGAGAAUGCUUUGGAGCUUUUGGACCUGGCAAAUAUUUACUUCGAAACGCAAUUGAAGAGACGCUGUGUACAGAUGAUCAAGCAAGGUAUUACCGUACUGAAUGCUGCGUUUCUGUAUAGUACGGCGAUCGAGUACAAUGCUCAGGAGUUAGAAGACUUUUGUUUCAAGUUCGUCCUCAACCACAUGACGGCAGUGAUUCAGACGGCGACGUUUGCCAAACUAGAUGCGUCCGUCGUUAAAAACUUUAUCAUCAAAGCGGCCCAGGCUGGAGCUUUCAAGACGUAGUUUACGAGCGCUCCAUUUACUUUAAUUAACAACAUUAUUUGCAGAGCCUCUAGUCAUGCUCCGUGAAUUUAGAGGAAAAUUACCCUACCCAAACGAUAAGUCCACAUAAGAGCUGUUCGUCGUUGCUCUGCGAACUAGUACUUUACUUCGUGCGAUACUUAAAGCUCAAGAAGUUAAUGCAAAGCGAGUUAGCACGUAUAUUUUCCCUUGAUUUCGCAUACAGGCGAAAUUUGAUCUCAGUCUUCUGGGUCUGUACUCUGUUAGUUCCUGGUAUAACGUUACGAUUUUUUAAGACUUGUUUUCUUUAUUUCUUUAAAAUAAUGUACCGAGGUUUAGGGAGAAACUCGCGUAUUUUACUAGAUAAGCUUUUGCGACAAUUUCUCCGUUAAAUUGUUACACGGAAGGGGAAUAUUUCAUUCCACGGCGGGAAAUACGUUAAAACGUUAUAUUUUUAGGAAAUUUAGCUACCGGUCGUAAUGGAGUUGUGCCAAAGGUAGACACUUAAUGUGUGGAGAUUAUCAGAAUGCAUGUGAUGUCCUUUAACAAAGAAAAAGAGAGUUGCUAGAUUUUCUACUAAGGCGGAAAAAUAGGAACCAGUAACUCCGCACGUGUCGCACAAGUUUCACUGCAAUUUACCGAUGGGUAGUUAUUUAGGAUGCGGUAUCUCUUCGAUUUCCUUAAUCGGGUUUGUCGGAUUACCGGCAGCCGAGGUUUUCGAUUUAUUUGUAGGCGAUGUUUCGCCGAAACGUGGACCGUGGACGUGGGAGCUCGCUCGUCUAUAAAUCACGCGUGAUUCAUGGGACAGCGAGCACGGUAAAUUGAAACUCCAUGUCAUUCCUGCGUGAAUACGCGCAUUUGAAAAUCAAUAAUAUUCCAGGGGAUAGAGUAAGCUCGUGUUCCUUUCCCACCGAAAUUUUGUACUAUCAUUUUACAUAAAUAAUGUGUCUCUGUCGCUCUGGUUGCGCCUAGAGAAUAAUAAAACACCUGAAACGUU